GUUCAUCUCGUCGCAAAGCGAACACUCAACAGUUGCUUCUCUGUUGCCGCUACCGUGCACUGACUGCUGUGACUGUUCUUGUAAGCAAGUGGUAGUCGACAGCACAGUAGAUCUACUGUUGAUCGAUAGCACAUUGCUGAAACGCUACUGUCUAGUAGUACUGAGCGUGCAAGUGACUCCAAGGCUUGUGUUCUAGUGUUGAGUGAUAGAAGACGUCGAAAGCACGCGCGGAUUAUCACGGACAGCUACAGUACAGCUAGAGUCGCCUGCAGGAUAAAACGGUAGAAACGCGCAGCAUCUGCAUAAGCAAGCUGAGAAUGUCCGCCUCCCGCCGCUGUCCCGUGUGUCAGGACGCAGUGUACUUCGCCGAGGAGGUGACUCAGGCAAGCACGAGCUGGCAUCGCAAAUGCUUCCGAUGCCAAACCUGCUCGACCAACCUGGACUCUAGCAACUUUGCUGAGCACAAGUCGGAGGAGGGCACUGAGCUGUACUGUCGCAGCUGCCAUGCCAAGGCCUAUGGCACUGGAGGCUACGGAUACGGACAGGGGGCGGGCGUGCUGCAGGCGGGCCAGGGGACUGCAGGCACUCGAGCACAGAAGGCACAGUCUAAGCAGAAUGCACUUGGCAACAGGUUUGGAUCGACAGCCACCAAAUGCCCACGCUGUGACCUGAGCGUCUAUCAUGCUGAGAGAAUAGUUGUCACAGGAAGGGACUACCACCGUGCUUGUUUCCGCUGUAAGACAUGUAAGCGUAACCUCGAGUCGGGCAGCCACGCUGAACACGAGGAGGAAGUCUAUUGCAAAGGUUGCCAUGCUAAGGAGUUUGGCCCAAAAGGUUGCGGCUUCGGUAUUGGUGCGGGUGCUUUACGCACAUCCUAGACAAGCAUGCAGACGGACGCCAGGCACGCUGCAGCGAAUUGUAUUACAUCUGCUCACCAGCUUCCAUGCCUGCCUGCAUGCACUGCUGUAUCAGUGUCUGGCCCCGCUGUGCACGGCACUUCACGGCACUGUCUGCGAGCGGUGUUUGUGACUGCUGCAUUCUAUGCCACGUCUGCAUGGAACUUUUAAAGUGGUCACGACAACACACAGCUUCAUGUCUGCAGAGCCUGUGUAUUUUUUAUCAGAUUGCACGUACCUACAGGAAAAGUAUGUAUUUGACAGAACGAUGUUCACCGCUACUUUCCACCUGAA